UUUAAUUAAAUAAAAAUGGAUGAAAAAACAUUGAUUGAAAAUGUUUAUACACAUAAGCAAGAUAUAUAUUCACCGAUAAUGCUAAAUUUUCAGAACGGCUCGCUCGGCGGCGGUUCUAAUUUUUCACUGAUUGAGAGCAAAAACAAACGUAAUCCCCGCAAACGCGCUUUGGUCAUGGCCGGUGUGAAUACCUAUGUGGGAGAUUUGCAGGAAAACAAAGAAUUCGAUACGUACAUCUGUGUGCGUAAUAAAUCAACAAAUACGGCAACCAUUGUGCCCAUCCAGCAAUCGCUGCUCUCGAACCACAUUUACGAGAAGAUGGAGAGACAGGAGAACCGGCCGAUGCUGAGCAAGGAGCACGCCACAAAGAAGCUACUCAAGGAGUUCGGUGGUCGCAAGACCUCUCGCUAUAUGGCUAGUACCGAGCAGAUGAUGGUCAAUGUGGAUGUGAUGCGCAAGGAUCUGGAUGAAACCGUCCAGAGCUCUGUGACAAAGGAAGGCGAAGAAGAGGGAGACAAUACCCUACCGGAGGUGGAUAUAAAUAAUGCCGAAUAUCUGGCUGCCAUUGUGCCGAAGUUCGAUAAGGCGGCGACAAAAAUAAACGAGAUCUACGAUGUGGAGGACGUGGUGCCACAAGCACUGCUCGAUCGUCUGGACGAGGAGGCAAAAAGUGUAUACUCAACACCAUUGGACUCACUGCCCAUUGAGUCGGAUUUUCUGCGUGAGUGCAUCAUGCGCAUACAGAACAAAGAAAUUACCACAAAACAGGAUUUUCUGCACAUAAAAUUAAUAAUCUACAUGGACGCGCUGCAGUCGCUCAUUACGCUGCGCAAGCGGCAAAUGAAAAACGUGGAAUUAUCUAAGAUUUCGGAGAAAGUGGAAAAUGAUAUAAGGCAUCGAUUCGCUGAUCCCAAUGUGGCCAAGUCCUGCACACGCACCACCUUCAGUACAGAGAAGGCACUCACACAUUUCAUUGUUCUGGCGCUGAUCAUCAGUGAUAAGCAUGAAGUGGAUGCCAAUACGCUUUCUCGCAUUCUGCGCACAUCGAAGGAACGCAUAAUUACCUACGCCCACAUAGUCAAUGCUCGGCCCAAGGCGCGCUCGGACAUGCUGUCACUGAGACUGCCCAGCACGGUGCCAGCGCUGACGGGUUCGAGGCACUUCAAGCGAAAAAAGUAAGUUUUUAGGUAACA